AUGGGGAAACCAAAUGGAUCUGUACACAAGGAUGGCUUCCAAUUCAUUGUAAAUCAACCAAGUAUCAUGGGCCCUCCAUGGAUAAGUAUGUAUGGGACAGAUCCAGCUGUGCCUGCAACUUUCAGUCGAGAAAAUUUUGAAGCAGCCAUGCUUCACGUUAUUCGUGAACCAAAUAUCAAUUCUACUGCUAUCCUUAGAGCAGAUAUCUUAUACGAGGACCAUUAUGAACUUGAAGAUGGGAAGCCCACAUUAAAAGAAUCUCAUAGAGAAAAAUUCGAUUUAUCUGAUACUGAUGCAAAGAGAAUAAACGUAGAUGAAGAUACACCAAGAGAAACUUUCUUACCAGAGGAUUUACAUCUUUUUGCAAAAUAUUCUAUUGUGAGACGUAUAUUACCAAGAAAUCCUUACAAAGACGCAGUCAUCAAUCAGACUUGUCUUGUAAUGAAUUCCACGGACCCGGAAUAUAAGGAAACUUCGGCUAUCAUAUACAAUCCACAUUUAGACAGUAGUGACAUAUGCCCAUUUUAUAUCCCUAAUGUCAAGCAAGUGGCAAUCUUAUUCCAUAAACAAAGUAUUACAGUUCAUUAUAUCCCUUUUGAAGAGGUUAAGAAUAAGGAAGUACCUGAAUUAUUAAAGGAUGAAUCGCAAAGAGUUGUAAGAACAGCAUACAGAUUAUUACAAACUGCAUACAAACAUUCACGAGGUGUUAUGACUGGCUAUGAAAAAAAGGUCAAUCAUGACGUGGUGGUCGAUAAGGUCAAAUUUCAAGAUCAAUAUAUCAAUUUAAAAAAGAAAUACUCUAAAUUUUUAGUAGAAAACUGGGCUGAAUCGACUGAUCCCAAAAAGCAUGUUUUCGAAGAUAUCUCAAUUGCCGCAUUCUUAAUUGAACUUUGGAUUAAAAUCUACGGUCCAGAUUUUAAGAAUAAGAUGCAAUUCAGAGACCUCGGUUGUGGGAAUGGUGUCCUUGUCUAUAUUUUAGUUAGUGAAGGGAUGAAAGGCUAUGGUAUUGAUGCGAGACAUCGUAAAUCAUGGAGUAUAUUCCCACAAGAGACCAAAAACUGUCUGAAGGAACAAGUCAUCAUCCCAUCUAUUUUACUACGUCCACAUCCUGAUAUUAAGAAACAAUACCCUCACCUCGAGCAUAACGGUAGGUUAUUCCCAAUGAAAGUGGCACAUGAAUAUAUUGCACCAGCAACCAUCGUUUAUUCUAGUGAGGAUCUAUUGAAAUCACCUCAAGUCAAUAUUGCAGAGUUCCCAAGCGACACUUUUGUCAUUGGUAAUCAUUCAGACGAACUUACCUGUUGGAUUCCACUUCUGGGUUACCCAUUUAUGGUUAUCCCAUGUUGUUCGCAUAAUUUAUCAGGUAACAGAACUCGUUUUAAUGUCCGUAAAGGUAUAAAUAAUGGUAUUAAUGGCAACAGUUCAUACGCUGGCCUUGUUGAUCACGUCGAAGAUAUCUCUGCCAAGUUAGGUUGGAAGGUAGAGAAAGAGAUGCUGAGAAUCCCAAGUACCAGGAACGCAGCUGUUAUCAGUUAUGAAAAUUCAGAUAUCGGGAAAUUCCCAACAACAUCUGCUUAUGACCUACUGUUGGCCGAAGGUGGUGCCGAUAACUGGAUUCAGAACACUAUGACCCUAAUGAAGGGUCAUCCAAGAUCCCACUAG